ACUGUCCUGAUUACACCGCGGCCACCUUUGUGCACGUUUCUGCGCCCUCCAUAUUCAGUGUAGCUACGGCACAGUAAUAAUCUGACCCCGGCUCGGAUCCCCGUCAAACUGUCCAAUUAACACAGCAACACCGCGGAGCAUUGGACUGCCUCAUCCAUGCAUUGGAGUCCCGAGCCACAGCGCUCCGGCUUCGGCUCCGGCUCCAGCCAUGUCGGCCAGGAAUGCAGCAGCUGGCGGCGGUGACAGAGCAGGAGGCGAACCGGCAGAAGAUGUGCUGGUUGAGGAAAACCAAAACAGUUCUCUCUCUCUGCCCGGCGUAAUGACUCCAUCCUCAGCUACUGGCAUGUCCUUCAGCAUGGAGAUGCCCCGGAAGCGCAAAGGCAGCAUGGACAACCAGGAAACAAAAUCUGCUUCCAUCAUUGACGCAGAUAUGGAAGACGAUGAAAACGGGUCAGAUGAUGAGGACCAGCAUGUCAAAAUUAAAUGCUUCAGGGAACCACACAGCCAAAUUGAGAAGAGAAGACGAGACAAAAUGAACAAUCUAAUUGACAAGCUAUCAGCCAUGAUUCCUACUUGUAACCCCAUGUCUCGUAAGCUGGACAAACUCACUGUGCUCAGAAUGGCCGUGCAGCACCUCAAAUCUCUCAAAGGUUCAGCAAGCUCCUUCUCUGAAGCCAACUACAAACCAUCAUUUCUUCCUGACGAGGAACUCAAACACCUCGUCCUUAAGGCUGCAGAUGGGUUCCUGUUUGUAGUGGGCUGUGAUCGUGGGAAAAUAGUUUUUGUCUCAGAGUCCGUCACGAAGAUUUUAAAUUAUAGUCGGGCGGAGCUGAUUGGACAGAGCUUGUUUGAUUACAUACACCCUAAGGACAUGGGAAAAGUGAAGGAGCAGCUGUCCGCUUCUGAAUUAUACCCUCGCGAACGUCUGAUAGACGCUAAAACCGGUCUGCAGGUCCAGGCUGACCUCCCAGUCGGUGCAGCGCGGCUGUGUUCAGGCGCACGGCGCUCUUUCUUCUGCCGCAUGAAGUACAACAAAGUUUCUGUCAAAGUGGAGAAGGAAUUCCAAGCCAGCACCUCGAAAAAGAAAGAAUCGCAGAAGUACUGCACAGUUCACUGUACAGGUUAUAUGCGCAGCUGGCCUACCAGUCAGUUGGGAGCAGAGGGGGAGGGUGAAGUAGAUAAGCAGGAUAAUUCUCACUUCAGCUGUCUGGUGGCUGUGGGACGCGUGCACUCCCACUCAUCUCCUCAAGUUAACAGAGAAGUCAGAGUUAAACCUACGGAGUUCAUCACACGUUAUGCCAUGGAUGGAAAAUUCACCUUUGUCGAUCAAAGGGCAACAACCAUUCUUGGUUAUCUUCCCCAAGAACUGCUUGGGACGUCAUGUUAUGAGUACUUCCAUCAAGAUGACUUGCCGCAUUUAGCUGAUAGACAUCGAAAAGUGCUGCGCAGUAAAGAGAAAAUAGAGACAAACUGCUACAAGUUCAAAACAAAAUACGGCUUGUUUGUCACUCUGCAAAGUCAGUGGUUUAGUUUUGUAAAUCCCUGGACCAAAGAAGUAGAAUACAUAGUGUCAACUAACACAGUCAUAUCGCAUGAUCACAGUCGAACAAGUCAGUCGGGGAACAAGAGUGAACAGACAAGCAACUCCAAGACAUCUGAUGAAGAUGGCAAGAAGUCCCUCCCAAUUAUACCAGGCAUCUCCACCACACCUGGGACUAUGAUAUAUGCUGGAAGUAUAGGGACGCAGAUUGCCAAUGAGCUGCUGGAUUUCAAUAGGAUGAAUUCAUCACCGUCCAGUGGUAAUGUCAGUCCAUUCAGUUUACCACAGGAUAAGUCUCCACAAACUCACAAUCAAGUCAGCAACAAUGUGCCAAAUGGAGAGGUAGCAGAUAUGGAGAUGUCAGAAAAGCCCAGCUCUGAGGGUGAACCUCAGGGAGCUUCGUUCUCAGGAGAAGCACUCAUGGGGGAGAAUUCCCAGCUGGAUUUGGACAGUGUGGUUGGACCAGGCCUUAGUAGUCUUAGCAAUGAUGAAGCAGCCAUGGCAGUGAUCAUGAGUCUCCUGGAGACGGACACAAACUUAGACGAGGCUGUAGACUUUGAAGAGAUGCACUGGUCUUUAUAGAAUCUGCUCUUACAGUGUGAUGCAGCGACACACUGAAAAACACUACGGUCAGUUUUUUGAUGACAAGAACUGCUUGAAUGCUCUCUCCAAGAGGCAGCGUUCAUUUUAAAAAAAUAUCUUUUUUUAUUUAUAAGUUACUGUUUCCCACAUAAGCUGUGUAGUCCUUGGAUGGCUACUGUAACAGGUGGCGGUAUUGACGACAAUAAGGGACCACCUGCUUUCCCUCAUCGUCAGGAGGAGGACAUGCCUCUAAAGCUUUACAGCAGUUUGCCUGCCCUGAGACGUUGUCACUCACUGCUUCCUCUGUUUUACUAAACAGGCCUCACAAGGUGAGAGAACUGAUGAACACAAAUGACAGCGACAUGAUAUACAAUAGCUCUUGAUUCCUGCUUAUGUUUUAAUCCUCCACCUACACUUGAACAGAGGUUGGGAGUGAUGAUGCAAAAAAAAUUGCACUGAAUCAAUUCAUGUUUGUUUGUUUGUUUGUUUGUUAGUUUGUUUUUUUUAAGGUUGUAAUUUGAUUAGGUACUGUAUGUUUAUUAAAAUGUGAGGAAAACACUUUGACAACCUGGCCCAUCUCUGUGACCCCCUCAGGAUCCAAACCGUAGAUAUCCAAGGUACUACGGCAGACCACACUUCCAUAACCUCUAACUUUGAGAGUCACCUAAUGAUGUGACGCUCAGAGAUUUUCUCUUAAUGUGUCAGUAUCUGAACAUUUUUCCGUGGAAACAGUCCACUAAUUUCCUCUCUUGUACACUGAGUUGGGCUAUUUGUAUUUGUGUGAAUUUGGUAUGUUUGCAAACAUGUUUUCAGGCCAUAUCUGACUUAAAGGGAUAGUUUGCAUUGAUAGGAUAUUUUCCUUUUUCAGUAUGUACAUUUCAAUAGACAUAUAGGCUCCAGCAUUGGCUGCACUGAAUUUUAUUUGCAACACUUUGAUAAAUGCAAUGCAUGGAGAGCAGACAGUUCUGGUGGCUCCUAUGGAUUUGUGAGCAGCGCAGCACACAGCACUACUUUAUACAGAGCGAAACGGCACUUUAGAGGUGCUGAAAUGGAAGUUUGGUAAAAACGUUGCAACAGCAAACCCAUUUCACAUCUGUGACAUUUUAUCAAAACGUGUUUGAAAUUGAUCUCUGAGUGUGACGGUAGAAGAAAUGAUAACUCAGGGAGUGAUGGAAACAGAGCUGGCCCAUUUAAACAUAUAGUGACAGAGUUCCUACCAACUGUAGCAGUAUUUUUUCCUUCAGUUAAAGGUUUUACAUAUUUCCUCUACCUACUCAUUGAACUACAUUGUUAUGUGGUGUAAUGAUUUUACAAUUGUUCAUCUGUGCAUCUGUUUUCUUACACUUAAUGUCAGCUUUAUGAUCUUGCAGGUAAGCCAUAGCUUUAGCUUUGAUCCUUUUUUUUCAUGUAUAUUUAUGCACUGACAGUCUUUGAAAAGACACGUUCAUGUUUAUAUGCUUGUCAGCAUUUUCAUGCAUACAUUUAUUAAGGCAUUAUGCUAUGCAGAACUAUCAUUCCAUAAAUUCUGUGGAGCCUUAACUUUAAGGUAUUUUCCUUUUUCCUCCGUGUAUUUGUCACUCCCAUAUCAUGCAGAUAGAAGACAUGCUGCUGUCAUGUGAUAUGAAUUGUGAAUAAGUCAAUGAGUCUUUUUGAUCCUGUUGCAAUUUACCUCAUCUAGACUUUAGUUUUGCCCAUGCUUACAAUUGCACAUCUCAGAUUUUACUAACAAUGAUGGACACAAUGUGACGAUUUGUUGUUUUGCAUGGGACGACUGCAGGACCUCUGUUGGUCAGUGAUGCCAUGGCUGAGAGUCAAGUGGCAGCCAGAUGGCCUUAUGGGGGGUUGUAAGGUAAAGUUUAGAUCUACCAACACAUGUCAAAUGAUUAUUGAGAUUCAAACAAAUUGGCAGUAAGCCUCGCUGAUGCCAAAUAAUAGAAUAAACGUACCGUUGUAGGAAGUUAUUGGCUGUUUUUUAAAAUGGUUUUAAUGUAAACACUUUGGUUGGUUUGCCCUGUUUCAAAUUAUGUAAGUACAUGAGAAGAAAUUCUUGUGAAAGUUUGGUAGGUUGAUUUUGGGCUCAUCUGAUAUCCUGUAUACCGUUGUGCAUGUUGUUACAUUGAUCAAAUAAUUUAAUCAUUUUGAGUAUUGUACACUGCCGAAGGUUUUUGGAUAGCAAGAACCUGUCCAAAGUGUUAUAAAUGUGUGUCUGUUCCUUCCCCCUCAGUCACUUACACACAAACCAGUCAGCCCAAACAUUAGUUUAUAUUUCUGCCCAAGUAUAUAAUAUUUCAUAUUGAUAUCUCUGGCCACAAUUUAUAGUCAUCUCUUGAGGAUGUUAAGGAUUUUCCACUCCUGUUUUAAGGGAAGAAAAGUUGUGAAUCAUUCUCUAUUAUGCUUGAAUUGUGAGGAUCUUGUGGAUGGAGCAGCUGAACUCAUAAGGACCCUCCUACCUGUGUCCGAAGUGCCUUUGGACAUUUCUGCUCGGACACACAAUUUUCGGAGUCCACCUCCCCUUCGUCGCCUUUGCAGACUGAAAAGAGUCUUAUGUAUCAUUGGAAUAACUUGACACAACAUGGCAUACUGUGCAAAUCAUCAAUUCAGUUCAGAAGAAGUUUGUUCACAAUUCAGCAGAAUUCAGUUCACAGAUGAAGCAGGAACUGUGCAUGGUGACUUCAGUACUUGCCACCGAGUUGUGCCAUAGACGUAGGCUGGUCAAAAAGUACAUUUUGUAUUAUUUUUGUUCCUGGUCUUCAUGUUCAAUCAUUGCACUGUUAUAGCUGCUCUGUCCUUGGAGUAGUGAGACUGCCCUAACACUGAUUUCACUUCAGCUUCUCUGGUGGUGACCAACCUUGCUGAGAGGUCACAUAUUUUGCUUCUGUCUCCAUUUGAAAUAAAACAAUAGAUUUUGUAAGCUAGGGAACAUUGUUUUGAUUUCAUGCCCUGCUUUGUGUGUAGUUGCAUGCAGAUUUUGUAUGAUUUUAAUGGAAUGGUUAGUUUUUGAAAAUGUGUUGAAACUGUCCCUGCAGAGGAGGAAGGACCUUAACCUUUGGGCUUAAAUUGGGCAGCUGGGAGCUUGUCACUGUUUCCAUUUUACUACUUGCCACUAUAAGUUCAUUCUUGUUUGACUUUUGGGCUCAAUAGGAAGCACUUACUGUAUUUGUCUGUUGCAUUGUUGCUGCUACCAUCAACACGUCUGAUUUGUCUUCCCGGGUUGUCAUGUUGUCAAUAAAUAUUAGUUUAACUCCUAGAAAGAUCUUUGGCCAUAUUUUCAAAUAUCCCUACUUCAUGUAUCAAAUAAAAACACUUUCUAAGAGAACAAGGGUGAUGUAGCAGCACACUACCUCUACAGUACAUGUACACUCAUAAUAUCUGCAUACAUAUACAAUCAAACUACAAUUAACAUGUAGUAUCACACACAGAGAUCUAUACACUAAAACAUACACCUCAACAAUAUCGCCUGAUGCUCAACACUAAAAUUCUGCAGUCUUCUGUUUGUUUGCAAUGAGGCAGCUUGAGAUGCAGCAGUCUGCUUUUUGAGUAAUUACAUUUGCCUUUGACUGCACCCACUUGUAACCUUUUUUGUUCACACCCUAAAGAGAUUAGCUUUGAGUAAUUUGUCAAAUGUGAUAAGACAGCAGUCGGUGCAAUUUAGAAAGCAUGGCAUAAGCUGGGAUUUGUUGUGUAUAUAAGUCAGG